AUGGCUGCCCAUGGCCUCAGUUCUGAGAGCCGGGAAAGUCUUAUGAACUGGGUUUACUAUCACGAAACCAUGGCUCAGUUCGGGCAGAUAUACUGGACCAGAGAUUCUCGUAUUGAACGCUGCCGUAGAAAGAUGGCUUUGAAUCUGAGAGAGUCUUCUGAAGAGCCAGCAGUUCAGAACGUACCGGUGACAAUCGGCUGCUCGUCAAAUGUCUUGGACAGCAUAUGGGAAAUAUUCGAGGUUACCUACAGGCAUAACACUUCAACAUCCGAUCGUCAGAGAUUGCUAGGUCUAGGAUCGCAAUUACGGAGCGAGCUUUCGACAUUCCUACCUUCAGGUCCUGUGGAAGAAGUACAGUCUUCGUCACGAACUACCGCACUUCACUGCCUUGCAGCGCUGAUCUACCUGAACCGCGCAGCACUUGGCUACGACGGAACAGAGCCGGCCCACCAAGCUCUGGUCAACGAGGGUCUCAGGAUGAUGAGCAAUUUGCAAUCCUGCGAAACGCCUUGGCCACUAUUCAUCAUCGCAUGCGAAGCCCUGACCGACCCGCAACGAAUUACUGUUCUGCAAAUCGUCUCAAAAUCAAAGAAAGAGUCAGGAACUGGUCACCUGGAUCGAGUACAAGGCCUCAUAGAAGCAGUAUGGAACUAUGACGACCUUGGACCUGACUUGGUGCUGGACUAUCACACAAAGCUACAAAGUGUUGUGCAGGCAGCACCCUGGAUGCCCCCAUUUGCUUAG